AUGUCCCCAUUACUAACCACCGUUACUGCACUAUUCCUCUUUUCUUCUGUUUACGGACAAAGACGUAAGUAACACUUCAAUCAUCACGCACUUUUCGCUGUCCGCCACUGAAAUAGGUUGUAGAAAGGCCCCCAACAAGGAAUCCUGAUUUACGUCUAAAUUGACAAGCCCUCUAGAGGGGCCUCGUCUAGUAUACUAUCACCGAUACCAUCUACAAUACCAUCAAAUCUCUUACACAUUAUCUGCCUAUCCUGUGAAAAGCUCUGUAGAAAAUGGGCGGGACAUUUGACGAUUAUAAAAUUGUUUUCUUUCCGCUGACUGCAGUAUUCGUGGUGGGACACCGACUUCUUUUGUCCAUUUUUUGAACCCUUUAACUUGAUCAUUUAACAAAUUUUUAGAGAAUGCAAUCACAGACAAGGUGGGACAAGGGAACUUCGCAUUCGCGCGACGUAAGUGGAAUCAAAUUGACAAAAUGUAACUGAUUACAGCUUUUGCAUUCGCAUUGACUGAGAAUGGAGAAUGGUAUCCCAUUGCUAAGAGAUCCCGAACUUCAACGUUUGCCUUCAAAGAAACCCCCAAAGAGAAAGAAAGAGAUUCCUUCGCCUUUGCCAAGAGAUCCGAAGAUCCCAAAUUUGCCUACGAUUUUGCCAAAAGAGCCAAGUUUGCUUUUUUGAAAAAGUAA